ACAACUGUCUUCCCUAGCUAAGCAACCGAACGAAUCAAUCCAUGGCGCACCUACGGCUAUGGUCAUCCUUCCUCGCCGUCGUCGUCAUGCUCUUGUCGCCGUUGGCCGCCGCGCAGCUGAGGACGGGCUACUACGCGAGCAUCUGCCCCAAACUGGAGGCCAUUGUCCGGAGCUCCGUCAAGCAGUCCAUGGCCCAGUCGCCGAUCGCCGGCCCUGCCGCGCUCAGACUCUUCUUCCAUGACUGCGCCGUCAGGGGCUGUGAUGCAUCGAUCAUGAUCGUGAACUCGAACAGCGACGACGAGUGGCGCAACCCCGACGACCAGUCGCUGAAGCCGGAGGGCUUCCAGACAAUCCUGGCCGCCAAGGCUGCCGUCGACAACGACCCGCAGUGCCGUUACAAGGUGUCCUGCGCCGACAUACUCGCCCUCGCCGCAAGGGAAGCCGUCUCCCAGAGCGGAGGUCCUUACUACCAGGUGGAGCUGGGCAGGUACGACGGGAGGAUCUCGACGAAGAGCAGCGUCGUGCUACCGCACGUCGACUUCAACCUCGACCAGCUCAACACCUUCUUCUCAGGCUUGGGCCUCACCCAGACAGACAUGAUCGCCCUAUCAGGUGGCCACACAUUAGGCGCGGCGGAUUGCACCUUCUUCCAGAGCAGGAUCGGCACGGACCCGAGCAUGGACUCGGGCUUCGCCGCGCAGCUCCGGAGCACCUGCGCCCGCCAGAGCUUCGCGUUACUCGACGCUGCGACGCCGGGGGGCUUCGACAACUCCUACUUCAAGAACCUUCAGGGCGGCAGGGGCCUCCUGGGCUCCGACCAGGUGCUCUACACGGACCAGAGGUCUCGAGGCACAGUUAAUUACUACGCUUCGAAUCAGGACGCCUUCUUCAACAACUUCACGAACGCCAUGACCAAGCUCGGAAGGGUCGGUGUCAAGACGGCCGCCAACGGCGAGAUACGCCGCGACUGCCGGACCCCGAAUUAGUUAUAGCCUCGUCGAUCGCCACCGACCGGUUGCUCAUACGCACAC